AUGUUGCGAGAAAAAUACGAAAACCAGAGGCAGGCAAGAGAAGAAUUAGCAUCAUACGAGCCCUGGGGUCGCGCAGGAGGAGGUGCCCCGAACCAAGGAGUACGAUUUUCUGAUAUACGAGCUGCAGAGAUAUAUCCAAAUGAUGAACUUAAGGGUAUAUCCGCGUACGAGCCAUGCCAACACUGGUCGUCAUCGCAACCUAGGACGCGCAGAACGCCAAUUCGUCUCCGGGAAGAUCCCCAGCUAUGUUACUCAGACAUUUUGAGACAGUCUGUAGAUAAUGAUAUACGUUAUAAGCAGACUGCAAACCAGAAGCAAGCUUAUAAGAAAAUCCUAGAUGAUCUAGUUAAUCAAAGGCAAAAGGCGAUUAACGAUGAGAUUAGAAGGAAUUUAGAUUAUGAACAAAAAAUGCAUUCAAUUGAUGCCCCUUGGGGUAAACCGGGACCAGGCGGUACGAUUUGGAGAAAUCCUCGCAAUAUUGGAUUGAAUUUUUCAAAGUCAAUGGUAUUUUGA